ACCGUUGUGAUUAAUAAGGACUUUAUGGAGUGGCGAGUGCUGGAUCGGGCGUUUCCAGAUGCCAAAGUCGUCCUAUGUCAGUUCCACGCGCUGACAUACUGGCGCAAGGUUUGUGCAAGAGCAAAGUUCAACCUGAGCAUGAACCAACGGGACGCCAUGGAAAUCUGCAUUCGCAAAUCUAAUUUACUGAUUAGUUGGAUGUUGCUAUGGGAUUUCUUGAAUUAUGUUGCUGACUGUGUUUCUCUUUAUGUUGUUCUGUGUGUUGCUUGUCCUGUGUUGCUACGUGUGUUGCUUGGAUUUGCCAUAUAG